AUGUCGCAAUACCAAAGCAUGAGCACUUCGGAGCAGGAUUUAAUGCGCCGCAUGGACGAGUACAAAUACGCGCUCGACGUGUCGGCGACGAGUGUCGCAAGGCUUGAGCGAGGCAUCCAGCACAUCGGCGGCCACGUGGAGCUGACGAACAAGCUGCAAAUCCUGGGCAUCAACCGGCCGGGCGGCUUCGCCGAGCACGUCUACGACCUCGUGCGCAUGAAGGCCGACGAGACGCGCGGCGCCGACGACAAGUACUUCGUCUACCACCCGGACGACUUCUGGCACCCGGCCUUCCACAGCCUGGCCGAGCGCAACGGCGGCCUCCCCGCCUCCUUCGGCAUGAAGUCGAACGACCUGGACCAGAUCUGUCUCCACAUGCAGGCUCUCCGCAGCACCCUCCUCGAGGACGCCCCGUUCCACCUCCUCAUCCCCACUUGGGACAGGCUUGUGCUGAGCGAGCCGCUCCACUUUCCGAAGGAGCUUCAACCGCUUUGCAUCGAAGGCGUCACGUACGACAGCCAGCCCCUCGUCACCAUGAACGUUCCGCGAGCUCCCCGGUACUUGCUCCGAGGCGUCAAGAAUGAAGUCGAGUCCGAGGAGUCGGCCAAAUUCCGAGCGAAGUGUGCCAUCAUCGCGGCGUUGGCUGCCAUCGGCUGGGUCAGCGCUCAUCUCGUUCACUCUCGCUUUCCAAGCGUGCCGUUCUGGACCAUCAUGGUUGGCCUCCCUUUGUGCCUGGGCGCGGCCCUCAGCGGGCCCCUUGGAAACUAUCGUGGCAUUUUGGAGAGACGGUGGAGGGUGGCACCGGCGAGGAUUGUGGGUUCCGGCAAGAGGGUCGAGGUGGAAGAGAUUGAGCGGGUUACAUGA